CAACCUACUUAUGGUAAUAAGCGAACUGUCAUCGCCCGCAAGUGUCUACCCAAUUUGUUCCGUACUCAUUGUCCAGCACGGCACAUUGCAGAAGUGUUCUGCCUCUAUUAUUUAAUCUCUACGUGUUUUCUACUGUCUCUUGACUUGUAGAAAUGCUAUCGAAACGAGUAAUCGCAGCCGCUCGCAGUCGUGCAUUUUUCGCUCCCAGAAGUGCUCAAUACACUGCUGUAUCGUUGUCGAAAGGAUGGAAAGUCGCCGACUACAUCAGACGCGCACAGCUCCAUUCCAAGACCGUAAAGGUCCCACAGAUGGCCGAGUCUAUCUCCGAGGGCACACUACGAUCAUGGUCAAAACAGGUUGGGGAUACCGUCGAGGCUGAUGAGGAGGUUGCAACCAUUGAGACGGAUAAGAUUGACGUCAGUGUCAAUGCGCCUACAGCAGGGAAGAUUGUGGAGUUGCUUGCAAAGGAGGAAGACACUGUUAAUGUUGGCCAGGACCUCUUCAUAAUUGAACCUGUCGAAGGCGGCGUAUCUGCUGCUUCAACUCCUGAGGAGCAGAAGACAGAUCCUGAAGAACCUAAGGACCAGCAACUGAACAAGACGAUACCAGAGUCGCCUGCACCAUCAACUGCCGACAAGCAGAGUGGCGGCAUCCCUCCAGACGGACCCAAGGAGUCUAAGAAGGAGGUAAAGAAACAGGAUUCGAAACCAAAGGAGGACAAGUCGAAACCACCACCUCCUGCGCCAAAGGCCCCCGGCAAUCGAGGCGAGACAAGAGUCAAGAUGAACCGUAUGCGCCUGCGCAUUGCCGAGCGUUUGAAGGAAUCGCAAAACGCUGCCGCUUCGCUCACGACCUUUAAUGAGAUUGACAUGUCCUCUCUCAUAGAGAUGCGGAAGAAGUACAAGGACGAAGUGCUCAAAGAACAUGAUGUAAAACUCGGCUUUAUGAGCGCGUUUGCUCAUGCGUGCACUCUGGCCCUCAAGGAGAUUCCUGCUGCAAAUGCGUCUAUCGAGGGCGACGAGAUUGUCUACCAUGAUUUUGUUGACCUGAGUGUUGCUGUCGCGACGCCCAAGGGCUUGGUCACCCCGGUGGUGAGGAAUGCUGAGAGCAUGGGCUUUGUUGGGAUCGAGAAGGAAAUUGCUGCCCUCGGAACCAAGGCCAGAGAUGGUAAAUUGAGUCUCGAGGACAUGGCAGGAGGCACCUUCACCAUUUCCAAUGGUGGUGUCUUUGGCUCGUUGUACGGAACGCCCAUCAUCAACCUGCCACAGUCUGCUGUGCUCGGCAUGCACGCAAUCAAGGACAAACCUGUCGUUGUAAACGGCCAGAUCGUCAUCCGACCCAUCAUGGUCGUCGCUCUCACCUAUGACCACAGACUACUCGAUGGUCGGGAGGCAGUCACAUUCCUAGUGAAGGUCCGCGACUAUAUCGAAGACCCUCGGAAAAUGCUUCUUGCAUCGAGCUGAUCUUGUCUUGGCGAUUGUUUCAUGUUUUUAUUUAUUCCAUCCGUGAUGUAUUUACAUUGAACACCAGGCCAUAAUUGGACCCUACCACACUAAUAUUUCGGCCUCUGUAAGAGGCUGAGAUGAGACUCUGAUAAUUUGCAGAAAGUCAAAGAGUGAUGUGCCUCUGUUAAUUCUCUUAUAUUUCUGCACUCGCUCGU